AUGGCUAGUCAUCAGCACAACCAGGCUUCUUCAUCGUCUAGUUCGAAUCGUUGGCUGAGCAACAUUCUUCGACCCCGUGCUUCUUCCAUCACUGUUGAAUCGUGUCUUAAUCUCCAACAACAAAGCGAUCGGCAUUCGCCUCUCGAUGCACGAACGAUUUUGCCUCUCGUGUCGAGCAGUCAACCUGUAGCCACGCGAUGUCGACACCUUGCUGCAUUCUCGGGAUUAUGUCGUACAUACAAGUUUACGCAUCUCGAUAGCGUUCUUGAGGCAGUGCAGGACUUACUCAGCGACGACCAGGCAAACGCUACCACCACAACCACCACUACUACCAACAGCAGCAGCAGCAGCAGCAGCAGCAAUAUCACCAUGACACCCGUUAGCAGCAGUAGCACCACGAAUGAAGCUGCACGUCAUGCCGUAUUUGAAUUCAUGAUUGCAUGUAUCAAAGGACAAUACGAGACGCUUGGAUUGGGUCGAGUGGCAUUGUACAAGAUAUUAGUCGACUAUGAGCACUGGCAAGAUUUGGGUGACAUGUAUCGAGUCUUGUAUGCGCUAUGCAAUGGUGGACGUGACAUUUCUGGUUUUGAAAAGAACGUGGCCAAGUUAUUGAUUCGAUGGCUGAAUGUGGCACUUGAACAAGGACAUUCGAGACAACAAGGCGGCGGCGGUGGUGGUGUGCCUCAUGUUCGGGACUUGAUGCAUUUAUUGACCAUGAUAUGCAAAUUCAACUUUGCCAUGUUUGAGGAAGCCGAAGUGACUCAGAUGGUAAAAGCAACACGCCAUGUACAACAACAAUGUGGUCCAGGGCCUGAUACCGUAGCCUGUGUCGCAUUUGCAGAUGUGGUGGUUCGAUAUCGUUUCGUCCCUUUUGAUGCAUUGAAGCCAUUCAUGGAACUCUUGUGCAACAUUCAAGUAAGCGACACGACAUCUUCUUCACCAAAGUCAGUCUUGGCCAACUUGUUACGAUCUCAUUGUGCGCACAAUGCAGUCUUGACCUUAUGUCGCAUGGCCACUCAUGGCGGGAAGUUGGCCACAGGUGCGAUUGGAUUGUUAUCCGAAGCGGCUUGGGGAAUGCGUGAAGCGGAUACGACGUGUCAAAUUCCAGAUGGGAUCGUGCUUCUUUACUUGCGUCGGGCGGCGUUGCAUGGUGACGAGCAUGUUCAAGCGGCAGUAUUGGCAAGUUUGACCAUGAUGACGGAUCAUUUGGGUCAUGAGAUUGCCUUAUUGGAAUGGGAUACCAUUUGGGAUAUUUGUGAUGCUUGCACGCUUACAUUUACAACACGUGUCUUGACAACGGCCGAGCGUCAAAUCUUGGCAUCUUUUCCAUUGCAACAACAGCAGCUUGACAAGGACAAUGUCUUGGUGGCUCAAUUUGUACAAUUUCUUGAUCACGUGUAUUCAGCUUACAAACAAGGACAGUACACAGGGCCUAUUGGGCGCAUGAUGAAUGUGCUUCAUGUGCUACGUCAACAUUUGUCAGUGGAAGCAUCCGAUGCCUUACUUGCUUACCUUGAAGCGGAGCACAUGUUAUUGCCUUCGACCGAUGGAUGGAUUGGACGUCUGAUUGAUGUGGUGCACACGUUUUAUAUACCUACAACAGUGGAGCGACAUACGCGAUUGCGAGUGCUAUCGAUAGUGACGGAUGUAUGUACGGCGAUCAAGGAUUUGCAUGUCGAAGCCGUGAAUCGAGACGUGGUGCUUCCCAUGGUAGCCAACGCACCCCAUGAGAGUGAUCCAACCAUUCGACAAUGCACGGUGGAUUUGAUUGUGGAUGCACUUGGCGAUUGUUCACCUGAUGAUGAUGAAUCAGUAUUUGAUGGCUUAUUGGAUGUAUUGAAACGAUGUACUCGAUGUCGUUGCGUUGAAUCUCCUGCAAGUCUUGAAAAGAAAAGAGGAGCCUUGAGACGAUCACAGAGCCAAUCACAGCAACAUGAGCGCGUGGGUAGCAGCAGCGUAGGACUUCCAUCCAUGCCACGAAGUUCGACAGCAACACCACACAGCGCAAGUAGUCCAGUGGUCCCUAUUGCAGAUCCUGCCCUCAUUGAUGCUGAUCAUUGUUGCACCGGCAUAGCAGCCAUGUGUGGAUUGGUGGAAUUGUUUGAUGAAUUGGUGCUACGAGAUACGGAUGGACAUGCCUGCAUGCGUGUGUUUGAGACGUUGACGGAGCUUGCCAACAGCAUGGACGGCAUGGAAUGUAUUUAUGGUGGAUCCAAAGUGGUGGCAUUGGAUAUUUUGUUACGAUUGAGAUGUACUCCUGAUCAUCGGAUUUUUGUGCUUGAUGAAGAAUCGAAUCAUAGCAACAGUGUCAUGGCAGCCGUACGACAACGACGAGCUAUUCGUAAACAAGAACGUGCCAACCGCGAGAAACAAAAUACAGUGGCCGUACCUCCUCCAGCUGCACCUCAAGGGCAAGCAUCACAUCAUCGACCACGCCAUCCAAGUCCUGUGGUGGUUUCUUUUGCGGAUAACGACGCUACGGCAAUUGUGUUACGUACCGAAGAGAUGUUGGAAGGAUAUACGACCAUUCUUGAGCUUUCACGCAGUUGGGAACUUGUGUUAUUUGUGCUUGAGCGACUACCAGAGCAAUUGGGGAAUAAGCAUUUAUUCUGUGGAGCCGAACGAGCGAUUGAACGACUAAGGAAACGCGUGGUGACAUGGAUCAGUACACGGCGAUUCUUGGAUAGCAUUCAGCAUCUACCAUCAUCGAUCAAGCGCAAUGAUCUCUAUGUGCAUGCAUACCGGAUACUGGCUGUGUUGAUUGCCUACAGACGUCUUUUCAGCAAACAGCAUCAAGAUGAGAUUGUCUAUGCACUUUACCUUGGCCUCACUCAAGUCACUGCAGCUACACGUCCUUGUAUCAAUGCACUUGCCGUAUGCUGUUAUGAGCUUCCACUUUCUGUUACAAAGAUGCUCAAUGAGAUUCUUCAACGCAUGUCACAGAUUAUUUCAGUCAGCAGUGUCUCCGUUCACAUUCUCGAGUUUCUUUCGGGUCUUGCACGUUUACCAACCUUAUACGCCAACUUUACAAGUGACAUGUACAAGCCUGUAUUUGCUAUUGCACUCAAUUAUCUUCAACAUUCUCAAGCCGUUGCCGCUGCUGCCGCCAAUGCACCACCACCACCACAAGCCCCGCCAUCAUCAUCAUCAUCAUCGUCACCUGCUGCAGCAAGUUCACCUGUGGUGGGUAAUGGCAGUGGCAAUACGCCAUCGGUCACUCAACGUGCUUUGUCGCAAUACGUACUUAUCAUGGCGUACUUGGUGAUUACAGUAUGGUUUACAGCCGUACCUUUACGAGAAAGACGCAAGCAUGUAUCCUUCAUCAUUCAACGGCUUUUGAGCGCAACACCUGUGGGUCGACCUAUUGAUGAACAAACCUAUACGUGUAUUGACAUGUUGUCACGUUUCAGCUUUGCCGAUAUCAGCCUUGCACCUGACAAGUCGCUUGUGGCUCGUAUUUUAAUGGGUGAUCCAGUAGCGGGAUCGAUGACUACGACGGCUGCAACAGCAACAACGACGACCACAACGCGUCAAAGUACACGAUCUUGGGUUUAUGGUCAUACGUUAUUGACAUUACGUACGGCAUGUACACCUGGUUGGGCUGAAUUUACUAUUCGUCGUCCUUCUGGCACUGUAUCGCUCAUGUGCAACAUUGAGAAUCGUAUCAAGGCCGGGGCUAUUGAUUAUAAAACAUUGCCAGCAUUGCUUAUGAUGCAGUACGCUCCUGAACUCUUGCCACCACGUAGCCAGCCUGAAAAUGAUCAACAACAGCAGCCAUCAUCACCUGAAUCAUCUUCUUCACAGCAACAACAACAACAACAGGCUCCUUCAGGUUCAGGACUUGGCAUCACAUUUGAUAAUACGACCGAACCAGCAACAACAACAACAACGACAACAACAACAUCUUCAUCAUCAUCACCUAGCACAUUGAAUGAUCAACAGCAGCAACAACAGCAACAACAACAACAAUCACCUAUACCACCUGCAAGUCCUGAUCGUGAACGAAGUAUCAAGCAAGUACUUGCUGAUCCAACAGGCAAUGACCCAACAACGCCGUCAUCAGCCAUGAGCAGCAGCCAUCUAUUACGACGCACCGACCAUUCACUUGAUCCUGGUUUUCUAUUCCUGCAACUAAGCAACUAUCCUGAUAUGACACGUGUAGCCGAGAUGAUGCCUGCGUUACCUGAAGAUGAUGCCACGCAUCGUAGUAUUGGAAUUUUGGAUCGUAUUCCAGUGGUUGAUUUCCACAAGGUGGGCGUUCUUUAUGUGGGACGUGGUCAGCGUACAGAAGUCGAGAUUCUUUCCAACACUCACGGGUCACCGGAUUAUGUUCGAUUCCUUAAUGCGCUUGGCAGCAUUGAGCGCUUACGUGGUAGAACCGACAAUACAGGUGGAUUGGAUCGUGAGAUGGAUAUUGAUGGACGCUAUGCCUAUUUUUGGCGUGAUGAUGUGACACAAAUGAUCUUCCAUGCCGCUACGAUGAUGCCUACGGAUUUGACACGUGAUCCACGUUGCAGCAACAAGAAGCGUCAUAUCGGCAAUGACUUUGUCACGGUGGUUUACAAUGAUUCGGGUCAUGAUUAUGCAUUUGAUACCUUGCCUGGUCAAUUCAAUUUCAUCAACAUUGUCGUCACGCCUCAUUCACCCGCAUCCUCCGAUCCACAUAGCACCUUCUUUAGAGUGGAAAUGCAGCGUCGUCCUGACAUGCCGGAUAUUGGUCCCAUAUCCGAUCCAAAACUUGUAUCGGCUCAUUCCUUGCCUGCCUUUGUACGACAAACCGCUUUACAUGCCAACAUUUUUGCUCAAGUCUUCCAAUCAGGUGUCAGUGGUCGUCAUGAAUAUCUUUCUCAUUGGCGUGAACGUUUACGUCAAAUUCGUCGUAUUCGAGAUCGUGUGGCUGGAGCCAAACCACAACAACAACAACAACAACCUGUAUCAUCUCCUUCCUCAACAUCUGCACCUUCAGCUUCUUUGGUACCUCCAGAACUCUUGUUGGAUUUUACUCGGUACACAUAA